AUGAUUUGCAUGCCACGGAGAAUGGUGAGCUUGGCACAGCAAGCGCAGGCGCCGGACGACAGAAACUUCAAUGUGAGACACCCGGAGAGAAGAGACCUUCUCCAGCCUGUUCCAAAGGUUGCAGUGGAUCGAAGCGGCGAGUAUUCCGGAUGCUACUGUACAGUGUGGUCGAUAAAGUUUGUUGGAGGGGUCGCAAGGAUAAGGCAGAUGUAG